GUGUUUGUGUUGGAACAAGUGCUGGAGGGGCGUAGCCGCACAAGGGCGUGUGCCUCCACCCCUCCGCAGGAUCCCAGGAAAAGGAAACUUGACGCUGCUGUCUGCAACAAGUUGCGUGUUUAACUCCAAAAGCCAAGAUGCCCGAAAACGCAGAAGCUGUGUCAGCCACUCUCACCACCAACAGAAACUGCACCAUAGAGAUAACGAAUGUCAGCAGUAACUACUGCCUCAUCAACCCCAAGGUCUACAUGUCGAGCGGCUUCUGCCACCACCCGCCCCAGCCCACCAUCCGCACCGCCAGGACUGAAGUGUGCUCCUUCACCAAGGACGACAACACCGCCACGGGCUCCGUCGGCCUGCUGACCUACGACCUGUUCCACAUGCAGAGCCGCGUCUGCUCCGAGCGCGUGGCCAUCAUGUUUUCUGUGCCGUUUGACCACAACCUGUACAAGAACCGGCUGGCCGUGGGCGUGGUCGAGCAAACCCGGGCCUGCGAUAAACAGCUGUACAAGCAGCUGUACGAUGGGAAAGACCUCACCGGCUUCACCCGCUCCGAAGAACACGGCUGCGGGCUGGUGCACCAAACGGCGUACGUUGAUUUCAGGGCCACAAUGUCCUCCAUUGGCAAAGCCAUCGUUAAAGUGGAGCUGUAUGACAAAAUGGGUCAUUAGUUUGUGCUCGGCAGAAUAAAUAAACCUGAUUUGAUUUGACUGCUGCUGCAUGUUGACAUCUAGAAAAAAAUCCAAAAGGAGGGGAAGUGACUGAUUUUGCUGUCAUCUGUACUCUGUGUCCGCUGACAGAUAUCAUUAUCUGACAGGCAGGCCAUUGAUUCUCCAUUAGCUAAUUUCUUGGGCUUACGUGCAUUGUAAACUCCCUUUUUAUUUGAUCAUGAUAAUAAAACAUUCAGACUCAA